AUGGCUCGGCCUUUUGAUGCUAGGUGUCGGUCUCCAAUCACAGCAGAGGAAGUGGAAAGUCUGCUAGAUCUGGAACGCUCUCCAGGCGGCUGCGGCUGGGUCACCAUUCGUGAUGCUGAGCAUUUGCAAGUGGAGAUCAGCACAGGCCAUGAUGCCUUGGUACUGCGGAGCUUUUUGGUGUUACCAAGCACUCCACCAGAGACAGCGACCAAGCUGCUUUUCGACCCUGGUCAGAGGCUGCGGUGGGACCAUGCUCUCGAACAGUUUGAAGAGGUAUCGCCUGCAAGUUCCUCAGAGCAGAUUGUGCAUCUGCGAACCUGCCCCAGGUUUGGCAUCAUUCCACCCUGCGAUGUCCUCCACCGACGCCGGAUGCUUCGCCCCUGCGGCGACGCACAUGCUGCGUGGGUCUGCAGAGACGCUGAUGAGCUCCCUCUGUCCCUGGUGAAGGUGUCGCUUGACAUGUGCUUUCGUUUGGAGAGUGCUGUGCUGGGACACGUGGUGCGAUGUGACAAGGAUGGCUGUAGAGUCUUCACAUACGUGCAGAUGGAGGCGACUCCUCUGGUAAGCUUCUUUGGUCAACGUCUGGCUCCUGACAUUAUUGGAGGCCUGUGCAACACGUUUUCCAGCGCAUGCAAGGCGGAACGGUGCUGUGGAGAGCCAUGGACGCCUUGGAGACCGGUGAAAUUCUUGGUAUACAUACUUUUUCUUUAUUCGAUUUUUUUUUCGAAAAAAGUAGCCAGGAGCCAGGGGGUGGGGUAG